AUGAAGACGAUCACGAACCGAUCCAAGUACGGCCGGAAAACACGGUUCAUUAGAUCCAUGAAGGCAGCCGGGGCAUUCGUCAAUCCAAACGGCAUUACCAGAAACUCGAAGUGCCCGUACCGAGUUCUGAAAGCAGUCUUCGGAAUAUCAACGAUCUUGUUUCACGGCAGUAGCAGUAGCAGCAGUAGUAGUAGUAGUAGUAUUAGUAGUAUUAGUAGUAGCACCAGCAGUAGCAUUAGUAGUAGAAAUAGCAGCAGCAGCAGCAGCAACAGCAGCAGUAGUUGUAGUAGUAGUAGCAGUAGUAGUAGGAGCAGUAGUAACAGGAGUAGUAGUAGCAGUAGUAGCACUUCUGUUACGGUUACUGCUGCUGCCGCUAUUGCUACUACUACUACUACUACUACUACUACUACCACUAGUAGUACCACUAGUACUACGACAACUACUACUACUACUGCUACUGCUACUGCUACUGCUACUGCUCCUGCUCCUGCUACUGCUACUGCUACUGCUACUGCUACUGCUACGUACUGCUACUGUUGCUGCUACUGCUGUGCUACUGCUACUAGUCCUACUACUUCUACUACAACUGCUACUGCUGUUGCUAUUGCUGCUGCUGCUACUGUUGCUGCUACUGCUACUGCUGGUGCUGGUGCUGCUACUGCUACUGCUACUGUUGCUGCUGCUGCUACUGCUGCUGGUGCUGCUGCUGCUCCUACUACUCCAAUUGCUACUCCUGCUACUGCUACUGCUACU